AUGUCAUUGAUUGAUCUGCAGAUCGCAUUGGAUUGGGCCUGUGGAUUUGGCAGAGCCGAAUGUAGCCCAAUCCAGCCUGGAGGCCCAUGCUUUGAGCCCAAUAACCUGCAUUCCCAUGCUUCCUAUGCCUUCAAUAGCUACUACCAACAAAAUGGCAAUUCCGAUAUUGCUUGUUAUGCAAGAUGUGAGUUUGCCACGUCAGAGUCUAUGAAAUCUUCAUCCUCUUCUGUGUUUGGAUUUAAGGAAAUGAGUAUAUGGAGAAGGAUUGGUCUUUCAACUGUUGUUGUUUUUGACCUUUUUCACUCUGAAUCUGUAUGGCUGUGUACACUGCCUGGACUUAAUUAG